AUGGAAGAUCCUUUCAGCCUCACAAUUCUGUCUCCAGCAUCCAACCUUUCUGUACCCACUCAGCCAAGCUGGAGUCUCAACCUGACUUCUGAGCAGGGAGCCUCUGUCCCAGGAUCGCAUUCGCCUUCACGCGGGCCACCCAGCCACCGGAUCCAUCUGGUCUUCUUGGGGAUCAUCCUGGUGGCCGCGGUAGCUGGCAACACCACUGUGCUCUGCCGCCUGUGCGGCGGUAGCAGCGGACCCUGGCCGGGUCCCAAGCGUCGCAAGAUGGACUUCCUGCUUGUGCAGCUAGCAGCGGCUGACCUGUACGCAAGUGGAGGAACAGCAAUGUCGCAGCUGGCUUGGGAGCUGCUGGGCAACCCGAGACCAGCUCUGGGCGACUUGGCUUGUCGCCUUUCCCAUCUGCUGCAGGCAUCGGGGCGGGGCGCCUCCGCCCACCUGGUGGCGCUCAUUGCCUUGGAGCGCCAGCUCGCGGUGCGCAGUCCUCAGGGCCCUCAGUUGCCAGCACGCGCCCUGGCUGCCCUGAGCUGGCUGCUGGCUCUGCUACUGGCGCUGCCUCCGACCUUCGUGGUGCACUGGGAUGCUCCUCCAUCUUCAACCGCCAAUGCCGGGAAGCAUUGCUGCAGGGGCAUCUUCGCGCCCCUGCCGCGCUGGCACCUGCAGGUCUACGCGCUCUAUGAAGCUAUCGUGGGCUUCGCGGCGCCGGUCGCUCUCUUGGGCUUCUCUUGCGGCCACCUGCUGUGUGUCUGGUGGCAGCGUGGGUCUCAGGUGGCUAGGAUGCCCUGGUCGCCCAGUAUGGCCAGAGCCUCCUUGCCCAGCGCGUUGCCCCAAGCCAAGGUGCAAAGCUUGAAAAUGAGCCUGGCGCUGGCACUGCUCUUCGUGGGCUGCGACCUGCCCUACUUCGCCGCUCGCUUGGCAGCCGCCUGGUCAUCGAAGCCCGCGGGUGACUGGGAGGGAGAGAGCCUAGUGGCGGCGAUGCGCGUCCUAGAGGUGGCCAACAGCGCCGUCAACCCUUUGAUCUACCUUUUCUUCCAGGCGGGCGACUGCCGUCUCUGGCGGAGGCUGCGGAGGCGCCUAGGAGUUCUGUGCUGCGUGCGGGAGGAAGAAGCCGAUAUCAGUGAAUGGGCUGGGGACCACCAGGCACUCCACCGCCAUCGCUGGCCCCACCCUCAUUAUCACCACGCCCGGCGGGAGGAGCGGUACCAGGGCUGUCUGCGCCCACCCCCGCCACGCCCCAGACCGCCGCCCUGCUCCUGUGAAAGUGCCUUCUAGGAACUGCUGAACAGACAGGUCCUUGGUCACUGUAGCACAGCCUUCAGACAACACAGGGUGUAAGUGAUCUGCCUAAGUCACCAAGAGUGGAACUGUCUGCAGGAACUACUGAAGCGACCCGCAUCCUAUAUGCAACAGUUAUUUCCUUCUAAUAACGGCAUGGUUUUCACUUCCUGUUAGUUUUCUUCCCUCUGGUUCCUCUCAUAACGCCCAUUUUGAGGAGACCAAACUCUUGGAAAGUUGUAAAACAAACAAACAAAAAAAAAAUCUGAGUUCCAGAGUUAAUAUUUUUGCGAUUCUCUUUUAUACUCCCACUACGUUCUAGAUUAGACAAUUCAUUUUAACUAAAUUGACAAAUAUUCAUUCGUUGCUAUUAUGUUUGUAGUGAUUUUGAAUUGUGCUUAAAUCAAGUGCAUCUUUGGGGAGUAGCAAAUUUGAUGUUCCUUCCAAGAGGAAAAUCCCCAUAAUGCUCUUCCUGGGGAGAUCUGGAGUGCUGUUAGCAGCGCUGUAGGAAAGUGAUCAUGCUGUCACGUUAGCGACAGAGCAUUUGAAAAAUAAAAGCAUUUCCCACGUAGCAGCUACAACAUUUUUUAAAAACGUAGUAAUGUGUUUUCUGGGAAGAAAAUAGGUGUAGCUUUUAUUUCCAACUUUCACAUCAAUAAAAACU